AUGGAGGGACAGAGCAGCGGACCUGGGGCUCAGGGGCAAGGGCCCUUCAAGGUGAGCUCCAAACUGCCCAUAGGGUUACACUGGCCAGUCCUGGGCCUGGCACUGCUGCUGCUGUUGCUGGCUUUGGCUGGGGCUGUGGUUGGUGGGCUCCUUGGCUUGGCACACAGCCCUGCUGAGCCUAUGCUGCAGGCCGUUCGAUGGACAUUCUCGAAUCCUUCUACUUCCUGGCCCAAUCAGACAGCCACAGUGGACCUGGCCCAGGAUACAGUGACCUAUGUGGUGACCCCACCUCAGAACAACCACAGCUGGGCCGUGCUAUUUGACAGCCACAACGGUUACGUGUGUUAUCGCCCUGGGGAACAAAGGUCCUGCUUUCUGCGGAGGAUGGAGACCUGGGACCGAGAAACCCUAAAGCUGGUCCUCAACACCUCUCAGGCUGAUUGGCCACUGGGUCCCAACAAAGACACCAGAUAUACUCAAGAGUUUUUGGGGGUGCUAGCGGGGCAUGAAGUGGACCCUGCUCUGGUAGGAGGACCAGUCCAGAACCUCUGUGACCAACUCCCCAUCUACUGGGUGCAAAGGGCAGAAGGUUCACGGAAACAGAGAUUAAUUUAUCUCUGCAUUGAUAUUUGUUUUCCAAACAACAUCUGUGUGUCUGUCUGCUUUUAUUAUCUUCCUGAUUAG